CUCGGCAAAAGAGUUUGCCUUCCCAGCUCAAAUUAGGUUUUCGUCGGCAAGAAGGUCGUGCAAUGCUUGCUCAUAUUUGGAGUCCCAGGCCUAUGAGACUAUGAGACAAAUUCCGCAGUCUUAUGCCGCAAACUCCUAAACAUGCAUUGCUUAUAUCGACUCGUUUGCUUGCGGAACUUGUGUGAAGUGCAUCCACCUGCAGGUUAACCAUAUUACAUAAGUUUAAGCUAAGCGGAAAUCGUCAACUGCAUGAUGUACUGCUUGUUGCACUGCUUUCUGUGUGCUAUCUUUUUGGCAUGUGCCAAUCGCUCGCGACACCUUUGAAUUGUCUAAAAAAUAUGACAGCCAAGAAUUAUUGUGAGUUGGCAGUAAAAUGGCUCGACUAGUGAAAUAAGCCUCAAGAAUUUUCUCUAGUUCUUGCCAAAAUUGCAGUUGCCAGCUGGGACAUAGCUUGUGUACUGCUCUGGUUAAACACUUCAAAUUCGGGAACCACGCUUAUUUUUAUUUUUUUUUACAUACAAUAUGUAUGCGGCAAACAAAACACCUUUCGCCGCCAAAAAGCUAACCGGCAAGCGUACUGUCGAGCAAUUGUUUGCCAAAAGCAAAUCUACGCUGCUCUCGUGGCGCAAUUUUUAUAACAUUCUGAAGCUGUCUCCGCUGGGUCAACGCGUGCUCCUGCCAAUCGACAAGCUGUCGGUCUUGCAGGGCUGUGAGUACUUAGGGAAACUGAGCCGUCACAAGCUGAGCACGGAGGAACUGGCUACCUUGCAGGUGCUGGCCAGCAUUCUGUUCCUGCUGCCGGACGAGGUUCUUGUGGUGCGCAAUGCCCGCGAAACGCUGCUGCGCAAAUCAUUUAAGAUACCCAGUGCCUCGCUGGAGCCGAUGCUGGUGCAUUACUUUAGCCAGAAUCUGCUCGAGUUCUACGAAAUGGGCCGGCAUAUUAGCUCAUUUAAGUUCCUAAUUACCAUAUCCAAGUUUAUAGCCAGCAAAUGCGCCAUGGGCAAGGCGGUGGCUGUGUGCCUCAUGUGGAGUAUUGUCUUUGAAAUCGCCGGAAGCAGCAUUAUAAUACACCAGCAUCGCGACCUGAGUGAGCUAUGCAGCAUUCUGGACCAAGUGCCACUGGCGAACACACCAAUCGAUCGCUUUUGCAUUUUGCUGCAAACAGUGGGCGUCCUACUGCAUUUUAUGCUUUGUGGCAAUUGGCUGCAGGAGUUCCUGUCCUAUGGAUAUCCAUUCUUCUACUUUCGACUUCUGCCAGGGGAUUGCCGCAAUCUGCAGGCAUGGCUUAACCAGGCUCUCCUGCUCUACAAAGUGCGUCUUCCGGAUGCCACGCAGCGCAUUCAGUGUGGGGCAAAGCAGCUGCUCGCUUCGUUAGAGUAUCUCGCUAACAACUCGGCGGAAUGGUGUCUCGCUUGCCGCAGUGGCUCCGAUGGGAAGAGCCAGGUCUGCGUUCUAGGCGACAUAGGCAACAGUAAAUAACACAUUCACAUGCUUUAUUGUCGAAGCAUACUCGUUGUCGAUUCCAUUAGCAACUAAAUAAACAUCGACAAGGCCUUGCAUCCAUUUCAAA